GUAAAAUAUUUCAUUCCUGAUUCAAUGUUAUACAUAAAUGUGGUGGAUGUGAUGUGAAAUUAAAUGUUGGCAGGUACAUUUUAUUUGUGAGAGCAAUUUACAAAUUAGUUUUUUUGAUGGUCCCGAACAAAUAAAGUGAUCAGUUUAACGAUUUCUCCACACGAUUAUCAGUUUAUCAAUUUAUUAGCACUCUAGUGGAUUUAAAAAUGGACGAAAAUAUUCCCAAAAGUAAAGUAUCUAAUAUCAAGCGAUGGAAAAACAAGAAAAUAUUCCCACGAAAAUUAAAAAUUGAUAAGAUUCGUUCAAAAGUUACGAAGAAUGAGAACCCCGGUUCAGAGGGUGGUAACAAUUCGGACGCACACCAAUCUUAUAUUGUUGAUGCAGAAUCGAAGCAUAGAAAUAGUAAUACUAAUGAAAGUGUAAAUCAACCUAUUGAAGAUAAUCAGUCAAGGAGUACUGUUACUGUGCUUCAAAGAAAAUUUUCAUAUUCAACGAUUUCUUCGACUUCGAAAAUCGGUCCGAUUGAAUGUGACAUCGAAAACAUACCUACGCAUGCAGAUGAACAAGAAAAUGUGACACUUCAAAGCGCUCACUGUAAUGAAAACUAUGAUGUAGUUAUACAAGACGUCGAAAAUGAAACAAUUUAUAAUUCUCAAAUUUAUUCAGAUACAAAUCCUACUUUUCAAGACUCUGACAAUCAAUUUAUUGAUAUAAAAAACUCAAUCCAUCGAAGAGAUAUCGAUGAAAAAAUGGAAAAAAAGAAGGAAAAUUCUGAAAUUUCUUCUGAAGCAACGUCAAAAAAAUAUAUGGAUAUGACUACUAACGAAAUUGGAGUGAUCGGAGAUAAGAAAGAAUAUUUAUUCAAAAUUCUUGUCAUUGGUGAGCUUGGUACGGGUAAAACGUCGAUUAUAAAACGUUAUGUUCAUCAAUUCUUUUCCCAACAUUAUAGAGCUACAAUUGGAGUAGAUUUUGCCCUUAAAGUGUUGAAUUGGGAUUCUCAAACAAUUAUAAGGUUGCAACUAUGGGAUAUAGCAGGUCAAGAAAGAUUCGGAAGUAUGACUCGAGUAUAUUAUAAGGAAGCUGUUGGAGCUUUUAUUGUAUUUGACGUUACUAGAAGUGCUACAUUAGAUGCCGUUAUUAAAUGGAAACAAGAUUUAGAUUCAAAACUGCAAUUGGUUGAUGGAUCGCCAAUACCGUGCGUUUUGCUUGCUAAUAAAUGUGAUCAACAGAAAGAAGGUCUUGUAAAUUCAAUAACUAAAAUGAAUGAAUAUUGUGAAGAUAAAGGGUUUGCUGGAUGGUUUGAAACAUCGGCUAAAAACAACAUUAACAUUGAAGAAGCUGCUAAUUUUCUCGUAAACCAAAUACUACAGAAUGAGCAAAUAAUAAAGGAAAAGUCCGAAGAAAAUGCGCAUUAUCAGGAGAAGCUAUUGCUGAAUGAACAAACUUCAGGAGAUAAAAAAAGUUGUUUAUGUUGAUUAGUAUACACAUGAGAAAUUCCAUUCUUUUGAAAAUAGAAUUAUUUUUAAAAUUAUAUGAAUAAUUUUAAUUGCAACCUUGCAUUUUUCACUAGAACAUGGAAUAGCUAAUAAUAAACAUUUACACGAUAAACUUUA